GCAGCCUUGUUUAUAAACCAAGCAAAAUACAAGAGAUUUUGCCGUUGCCACCACAUCAAAAACCUCCCCCAAAUCACAAAGCUCCCAAGUCUCCAGGCCCAUACUCAGAGACAGAGAUUCUAGAAUUGAGAAAGAGCCAUGGAGAAUAUGAAUCAUGACCCCAUGCAUGGCAUGAACGACGAGCCAGCUGCUGGAGGGACGACGCAACACCACAGGAUGAUGAUGCACAUGACCUUCUUUUGGGGGAAAAACGCUGAGAUUCUCUUCUCGGGAUGGCCUGGCACAAGAACUGGCAUGUAUGUCUUGGCCCUGAUUGUUGUCUUUGUGCUUGGUUUCAUGGUUGAGUGGAUCUCUCAUUCCCAAUUGAUCAAGCCUGGCUCAACCCAUGUGGGUGCUGGUGUUGUUCAGACUUUGCUGCAUGCUUUGAGGGUUGGUCUUGCCUAUCUGGUGAUGCUGGCUGUCAUGUCUUUCAAUGGGGGUGUCCUCUUGGCUGCCGUGGCUGGGCAUACUCUGGGGUUUUUGUUAUUUGGCAGUAGAGUUUUCAAGAAAUCCUCAGCCCCUGCCCCUGGAAAAACAUCUGAUCUUCCUCCUACAAGUUGUGUAGAAAUGAAUCAUGAUCAUAGCAUGGGAGGCAUGGCACCAGCAUCACAGUCAACCAAUGGCACCUCCGGGAUGCACCACCACCAGAUGAUGAUGAUGAUGCAUAUGACCUUCUUCUGGGGCAAGAACGCCGAGAUCCUCUUCUCAGGCUGGCCCGGCACUCGUGCCGGGAUGUAUGGAUUAGCCUUGAUAUUGAUCUUUGUACUUGCUUUCCUUGUUGAAUGGCUCUCUCAUUCUAAUCACUUGAUCAAGCGAGGAUCGAGCAAUGUCUCAGCUGGUCUUUUGCAAACGUUCUUGCAUGCCAUAAGGGUUGCUCUUGCUUAUCUGGUGAUGCUUGCUGUCAUGUCUUUUAAUGGUGGGGUGUUUCUUAUGGCGGUUGCUGGCCAUACCUUGGGGUUUUUGUUGUUUGGCAGUAGGAUGUUCAAGAAAAAAACAGAAAUGUUGUCUUAUGAGAAAACCUCUGAUCUUCCUCCUAUGAGUUGCUGAUGAUCUAUUCAUUGUAUCCUUCUGUCUUAAAUUUCCAAUUUCCAAUACAUUUUACUUUUAUA